AUGACCUUCUUCCGCAUCACCCUCCACCGCUCCGCCAUCGGCCUCCCCAAGAGCACCCGCGGCGUCCUCGAGGCCCUCGGCCUCCGCCGCCGCUCCCAGACCGUCUUCCACCCCGUCAGCCCCCAGUUCGCCGGUAUGAUUAUCAAGGUUAAGGAGCUCGUCAAGGUCCAGGAGGUCGACCGCGCCAUGAGCCAGCACGAGAUGCGCGACCUGCGCAGGCCAGACCCGGGUUUCUACGUCGAGAAGGCUGUUGCGCGGUAA